CCGCCCCGUUUUCAGACUGCUGGACACCCCGCCUUCCUCCUGCCGAACCGGCGGCGGAGCGAGUAGUACCGUGAGAGGCUGCGAGCCGCAGGUGUAGGCGAGGCGAGCGCUCCAGCACGGCGGCGGCGUGGCCGGAGGGGGUCAUCUUCGUCGGCAGCCAUACCGGUAGCUCCGGCGGCGCUCCCUGAAGCACGCGACCGCCCCGGAGGAACGGGUCUGCCCGCGAGGCUGAGGUGGACCAUGUCGGUGGUUACCGGAGGUAGCGAGCCGGGGCCCGCCGCCGCCGCCGCCGGGGGAGGCGGCGGAGGGAACCGGGUUUUCUUUCAGAGCCCGCGCGGAAGCGCUUCCCGGGAGGAUUCGGUCGCCCCCGCAGCCGCCGUGGUCCAAGUUCAGCAGCAGCAGCAGCAGCGGCGCCACCAGCAGGGCAAAGUGACAGUCAAGUACGAUCGGAAGGAGCUGCGCAAAAGGCUGGUGCUGGAGGAGUGGAUCGUGGAGCAGCUCGGGCAGCUGUACGGCUGCGAGGAAGAAGAGAUGCCAGAUGUAGAAAUUGAUAUUGAUGACCUUCUUGAUGCUGCUAAUGAAGAGGAGAGAGCCCUCAAAUUACAAGAAGCGCUUGUAGAUUGCUACAAACCUACAGAGGAUUUUAUCAAAGAACUUCUAAGUCGGAUAAGGGGGAUGAGGAAACUGAGCCCUCCUCAAAAGAAGAGUAUAUAAGUGAACACCGAGCCCUCUUGAGAAAAGUGAUCAAUAAACUGGGACUAUUAAAUAGGACAUCUACUAGUUUGGUCAUUUUGAGCAAUUUUCUCUUUUUUGGUUGAAUUCUGACAUUUUAAAGAAUUUGACCUCUUCUGUUUAAGGCAAUUUUUUAAAGUGUCAGUUUAUUUUAUCACAGAUAGCAACAUUAUGGAUGCUGCUUUUACUAUCUGCGGAUGAUCAAGAGAGAUGGGAAAACACCAAUUUUAGAGACUUUCCCAGGCAGUAAUCCUGCCUGAUGAAUUCUAUGUAGAACUGUUAGGGAAAUGCUGAUCCUUUACAACCAGUUUGAUCAUUAAGUUGUACACCAGACUCAUGGAUGUUAAGGUUCUUGUGCUUGUGUACAUAAAUUAUCAAGUGAGUGUUACUAUUGAUUCACAUCAGUGGAAAGGAAAUGUGCUCUAAGUAACAAUAUAAACCGAAGUUAUAACCAAUGUGGUGUUGGGGGAGGGAAGGGAUGCAGUUUGUUAAAUGGGGAUGCUGCCACUGUUAAAGCAUUGCAACAAAUGCCUCUGUUCACAAAACAACACAUAAGCAAACUGGGGUCCAAGGGCUUGAUUUUUUAGGGUUUGAACUACUUCUACCAACUUUGAGGCUCAGCCAGAUAAUCUCUAUCUUAUGAUCUGUUAGGACUGAUCAACCUACUGCUAAAGGAUUUGAUAGGACAGCAAGAAAAAAGCCAAUACCAUUAUGAGAGAGUCUGAAGGGGGGGAAUGCAAGUCAAUUCCCCCCUUCUUAUAACAAGAAUAUCAAGUUACUGCUUCCUAUUUUGACAUCCCACUUGAUAGGUUGGCUGGCUGGCUGGCUGGCUAAGAGAUCCAGGUUGUAGAGGUGAAAGCCUGCUCCCCGAACUCUUCAGGAAAACAUUAUUUGCUCUAAUGCAGUGUUUCUCAACCAUAGCAACUUAAUAGCAUGCUGGCUAGGGAAUUCUGGGAGUUGAAGUCCACACAUUUUAAAGUUGCCAAGGUUGAGAAACGCUGCACUGUUUCACAAGCUACCAUCUGCUGGUAGAUGCUAGUCUGGCAUUUUAUAUCAAGGGUGCUCUGAACAUAAUUUUAUUUUUUAAAAAGAAGAAAUACAUGUUUGUGGACUUUAUGUAUACUGGCAAGCUUUUUUAAAUGUAUUUAAUUUUGUAAUGUUUUAUUAAUGACUUUAUUUACCAAAUAUUUACUCAAAUAAA